UGCUACUUCCAGUUCACAUAUGUGUACUAGGCAAAACCCUGCCAGUUGUGGUAGUGGUGAGCUGCAGGAGUGGCCUGUGUGGGAGAGGGCUGUGAAGUGCCCUAUACCAGUCACACUUCCUUACAGCCAGCUCAAAAACUGAUGGGAAAUCCAUUUUAAUCUAUUUUCAUAUUUUUGAUCACUUAGGUUCACAAUUCCCCCACUGUGAAUGACCAGGAAGUGUAGCAUUAGCUUGCAGUGUAUUCUGACUGUGUACACGUGCUUUGUUGCGUGACAGGCUUUCUGACAUCUACCCAACUAGCCCUUCACUUCCUACAGCAUCACCCCAGGUGCUCACUCGCUUCACGUGACUCGUUACACAAGCCAGUGAGAGCUGCAUGCUCUCUCCAACAUAGAUAACUUGUACAGAUACAUAUAAGCAUGCCCAUGGAAACACCUGUAAGCUGUACCUUAUCAUCAUCAGUUCUAUGACUCAUUAGACUCGGUUAAUUACUUCAUCUGUGCAGCCUUAGCUCUCAGUCAAGUAGAUGCAAUUUGAAACUGCAUUUGGAGAGAAGACCCAGUGCAGAACCAGAACCACAAACUCCAACCAGCAGCAGAACACUUGAGUUUCUUUAAGCUUACAAUGGCACCCUGGAAGAGACCGCAUCAAGUUGCACUGUUAAUCGUGAACGCAGGUUUUGUGUGUUAUCUUGUGCACUUACUGCAAGAGCAAAGAAAGGGAAGACUUGAUUCCGUGGAAGUUAAUCCUAGAUUUCUGAACCAAGAAUAUAACAUCCUUCAGAGACUGGACCAUUUGGACUGGAACAUUCAGAACCUCUCAAAAUCAGUGGAAGCAUUCCAUGAAAAUAUAAAACAAAUAGAACAUGAUCUGAAGCUGCAAGAUAACUCCAAGACUGAAGUACGCAAAGCUGAUAAUGCCAAGGAGGAAAAGGAGAUUGUACACCGUUUGCUGUACCCAGACUCAGCUUUGUUCAAACGCUGGGGUGCAGAUUUAAGGGAGGAGGAGCAAACUGUUGCACAGAAUCUGUUCUUAAAUUAUGGGUAUAAUGUUUAUCUCAGUGAUCAUCUACCUCUGGAUCGACCUAUCAGAGACACCAGAUCUCCCAGCUGUAAAAUGAAAACCUAUCCAAAAGAUCUUCCAACACUCAGUGUUGUACUCAUAUUUAUGAAUGAAGCCCUGUCAAUCAUCUUACGUGCAAUUACUAGUAUAAUUAACCGAACACCUUCACAUUUAUUGAAAGAAAUCCUCCUGGUAGAUGAUUACAGUUCUAAUGAUGAUUUAAAAGGACCUUUGGAAACACACAUCAAAAAUUACAAUGCAAAGCAUCCUGGACUGCUGAAGAUCAUCAGACAUCAGAAAAGACAAGGCCUAACACAAGCCCGAAUUACUGGCUGGGAGGCAUCAACUGCAGAUGUUGUUGCAAUUUUGGAUGCCCAUAUUGAAGUGAACACGGCAUGGGCUGAACCUAUUUUGUCUCGACUAAAAGAAGAUCGCACUGUUAUAAUAUCACCAGUAUUUGACAAUAUUCGUUUUGAUGACUUUGAGCUUCUUCAGUAUGCAGUGGCUGCAGAUGGAUUUGACUGGGCACUCUGGUGCCUUUAUGAACCUUUACCAGCUGAAUGGUAUUCUCUGAAAGAUGAAACAGCUCCAGUCCGGAGCCCAUCUAUAAUGGGGAUUCUUGCUGCAGAUAGGAAAUUUCUGGGUGAGAUUGGUGUACUGGAUGGUGGAAUGCAUAUAUAUGGAGGAGAAAAUGUGGAACUUGGCCUGAGGGCUUGGCAGUGUGGAGGUAAAGUAGAAGUUCUGCCCUGUUCAAGAAUCGCUCAUUUGGAAAGAGCUCACAAGCCUUACUUGCCGGACUUGAGCAUUGCAGUGAAACGCAACGCCUUGCGGGUAGCUGAAGUGUGGAUGGAUGAGUACAAGAACAUGGUCUACUUUGCAUGGAAUCUUCCAAUGGAGAAUCCUGGAAUAGACUUUGGUGAUAUUUCUUCCAGAAAAGAGCUAAGGAAAAAACUAAACUGUAAAGGCUUUGACUGGUACAUAAAAAACAUUUACCCUAAUUUAAUACCUCUUCCCAACAUUGUUGGCUAUGGAACAAUGAAAAACACAUUGAAAGAAGACAUCUGUAUUGAUCAAGGGCCUGUCCCUGGAAACACACCGAUUAUGUAUCCCUGUCAUGCAUAUUCACCACAGCACAUCUUUUAUCACAGCACUGGAGAAAUGUAUGUAGGAGGUUUACGUGCUCGACAGAAUACAGUUGAUAGAUGUCUAACAGACCCUGGGAAUGGGGAUCAGCCACUUUUAGAGCAAUGUGACACAGCUGUGAAUAAAGGCCUGAACUUGUAUUGGGAUUUUAAGCAGGGAUCAGCUGUAAUCAACAGGAGCACUAAAAGAUGCCUCGAAAUCACGACAAAUGAUCGAGCUUCACACAGACUCGUAAUGCGGACAUGCACAGGACAAAGGUGGAAUAUCCAACACACAGUUAAGGACUGGGGAAAGAAAAAAGACCAGGAACAAAAAAUACAGCAGUCAAAGCAUUGACUAAAGGACGUUUUUCCUUGAAAAUUGCUACGUUCACAAUACAGCACUGAAGGCCAUGAUUUCAAGAGUUUGUUUACGCAGGAUCCUAUGAUGUAGUAAUUGCAAGAGCAACGAGCUACUCAUACAAAGGUGCAAGUUCGUCUCCUCAUGCUCUUGGGGUAUCACCCCCCAGAGUUUCCUCAGUUAGGAGAAUGAUUGUUUUUGCUCUUUUUUAUUAUCACCAGAGAAAAGCAGUUACGUCUAAGAGUGUUUCAACUCACCUGAGUUCCUUAUGUUGUCCCUUGGAAGUGUCUAUCUCUGCUCAUUAGUGAAAGACUAGUGUAAGGUCUCUAACUUUGGAACUUUGGCAUUUUUAGAUGUGAAAAUUAAAAAGAAACAAAAGUAGGUCUGACAUUCUGUUGUACACAGUUUGUCUCAUGCUGAAACGGACCAUUUUUCUUGUCUUGUGUUGUAUAGAUAAUGCAAAACUUCUUGUCGACGUGUGUUCAUGCAAGUUUGUGAAAUGAAAUACAUCCCUGUUCUUCUGUUCCUGUAAUUUGCCUGAGCAUGAUUCAGUUUCUCAGUAAAAUUUAUUAGAUUCAGCAGUGUGCCACACUAAGGCUGUUUUAUGUUUACCUAUAUGAAGUUUGCUUGUGCUAGCCAGCUCACAGCAUGGAUAAAAUCCAGUCAAGCCCUUGGAAACAAGAGGAUUCAACUCAAUAUUUUCCAAAAACCAAUAUGAGACCAAUGCAGUAGCAUAUCUCUGUCAAAGAAACUAAAUAAAAUACAGAAUGAGUUGCUAAAGGGACGCAACUUCCAGAUAGACACAGUAUGAGUUCCUGUAGAAAUAGGAUUAGGUGGAAUUGGCUCUCCUAGUUCUUAGAGUAACCACUCCUAGGACCUGUGCUUAUUUGUUAAAAGGAACUCCUGAAAAAUAAACAUUGAAACAUACAGAGUUUCAGCCUGAAGUAAUUCUGUUU